AUGGCUGGCGGCUCCGAAAAUCUCGCUGGAUCGUCCAGUGCUGCUAGCUCAUUGUCCUCAUUGACAGACAUUGGCGAUGAAGGAUCACGACCGGUAUGGGGUCGACUCCAGAACUCAGAUCCAACGGACGAGAGUCCAUGGGCACGUAAGAUCAUUUUGUCGUUGGAUAGGGGUGGUGUACGGGGUUAUGCAUCCCUCCUGAUCCUCGAGGCAUUAAUGCAAGAAGUGCGCAACAUUGAGCGGGAAAUUUCGGCAAAGAAUGCAAACAAGAAAGAGGUGGAGCUCAACAAGAAGCUAGACAAAGGCAAGCACGCUACUGCCAAUGGCAUACCGGGUAUAUCUGCCAAGAACCCCGUGCUUGCGAUGGUGGAGAAAGAAAAGUCAUUGGGCAAGAGCAGUAUGGCUUACUGCUGGCAUACCAACUCUGGCGACGGGCCUGAGAUCCACGAAUACUUUUGGCCACACCACUACAUCGACUAUUUUGUGGGGACGAGCACCGGCGGAUAA